AUGAAGCAAAUUUUCGUAGUUCUGGUUUUGACAACAAUCGUUACAUCAAGAAUCACAAUACCUAGUAAAAACGAUAUCUUUAGUACAAAAGACUUGGACAAAUAUGUAUUUCAUAAAAUGAAAUAUUUUUCACAACGGUAUUGUAAUAUCUUUACCACUCCUUUGGACCAAGAUUGUUCAAAUAUAAUAACAAAAAUAGCCAACAAGAUGUAUUGCGUUUAUUCUACAUUUAAUCAAAUUCAUGGUUACUACUAUUUACGCGAAACAAUAUCCACGACGACAUUUAUAGUAAUUGAGGAUUACCGGAAUUUUGCAAAAAUAUUUGAUGAAUUUGCCAAAUCUGAUUAUUAUAUUAACAAAGGACAUUUUGAAAUUUUCAUUUGCAAAUCACUAAUACACAUUGAAGAUGUUUCACGUAUAACAAAAAUAAUUUUUGAGGCAAAAUUAUUGGACUAUUCACUAAUUUAUCAAAAUAUAUCCCUGAAGGAAUCAUAUUUCAAUCCUUUUUCGAAUAAACUUGACAUUAGGGAUGUAAAUAAAAUAAACACUCACCAAAAUGUUUCUAUAUAUCCAGAUGUCCUGAAAGAUAUGCGAAAACACCCGUGGACAAUUCUAACCCUUCCAAAUUUAGAAAGAAUUUUUGUAUGCGCUUGGGAUUUUGCUUUUGUAAAUUUUUUGCCAAAGUAUUUCAAUUUAACCCUUGAAUUGAGGUAUUUUAAGCCUAGCAAAAGUGGCAAUGCUAUUGACGUGCUCGCUAGAAAAAUAGCAGGAGAAGACUUGGAAAUGUUUACACUAACUCAACCAAUUAGUUAUGAGACUUUACCAAGAGAACAAAAGCUAGUCGAAACCAGUUAUCCGUUAAUUACAAAUAAUUAUGUAGCUUAUGUACCAAAACCAAUGAUGAAACAGCGUUGGAAGAUAUUUUUCAAUUUUCUACUCACCGUCUUCUUGCCUUCUUUUUUUGGUAGCUGCUUCAUUAUGGCUUUACUUAACAAGUACUUAUCCAGGAAUCGCAAAAACAAUAAAUUGGAGUUACUCGGUUUCAUGUCUCUUCAAUUGAAUAUUUCAUAUUUUCAAUUUGAAAAUAGAAAGACUAUAUUAAAAUCAAUAUGGUUGUUAUGGUGUGUCCUUUCUGGCGCAGUCUAUAAUUCAAUAUUAUUCCGAAUUAUACUGAUGCCUCAAUAUUCAUCUAUAGUUACCAGUUUAUCAGAUUUAAAUUCGACAAAUCUUAUAGUUUACGCAACUGAAACUGUGUUUCCUUUCAAAAAUACAGUUGUUUUAAAGCCAUUGGAUUGGAGGCAGAAAAUAUUUGAGAAUAAAGGGGAUGCAGUGUUCAUUGGAGCUGAAGUAGUGUUGGAAACUAUCGCUAAGUAUUUUGAAAUGCGAAGCUUAUAUUUCAGCUAUGAAGUACUGCCAGAAGUAGUGAGACCAGCGCUAGGAGGAUAUAUUUUAAAAAAGCGUUCUCCAUAUUUCGAAAAAAUACGACGCUUGCAGUUUAUCGUGCACGAGUUUGGUUUUACGAAUGCGCUAGCAUUUAGACCUCGAGAACGUCAAGAUCAAAGUUAUUUAAAUAAAUUUAUGAAUUUUGAAGAUUUUGAGGGUGUAUUUAUAGGGUUAAUCGCUGGGUUAUCUAUAAGCAGUUUAGCAUUUUGUGUAUCGAAAGAACCUUCUGAAAUGAACCAGUUUUUCCUCGUUUUACUUUCGACUACAAUAGUCAUGUCAACAAUAACGAUACCUAGUAAAAAUGGUAUUUUCAGCACAAAAGACUUAGAGAAAUAUGUGUAUUAUAAAAUCAAAUACUUUUCACACCGUUAUUGCAAUAUUUUUGCUAAUCCAUUGGCGCAGGAUUGUUCAAAUAUGAUAACAAAAAUGGUCAACAUGAUGAAUUGUGUUUAUUCUACAUCUGAUCAAAUUGAUAAUAACAGCUAUUUACAAGAAACAGUAUCUACGACAACAUUUCUAGUAAUUGAAAAUUAUCAAAAUUUUGCAAAAAUAUUUAAUACAUUUGCUAAAUCUGAUUAUUUUAGCAACAGAGGACAUUUUGAAAUUUUCAUUUGCGAUUCAAUAAUACAUAUGGAAAAUAUUUUACGUAUAUCAAAAAUUAUUUUUGAAGCAAAACUAUUGGACUAUUCACUAAUUUAUCAAAAUAUAUCCCUAAAGGAAUCAUAUUUCAAUCCUUUUUCAAAUGGACUUGAUAUAAAGGACGUAAAUAAAGUAAGCACUCACCAAGAGGUUUCUAUAUAUCCAGAUGUGCUUAAAGAUAUGCGAAAACAUCCGUGGAGAGUUAUAACCCUUCCAAAUUUGCAUAAAAUGCUUGUUCCCACUUUGGACUUUACUUUUAUGAGCUUUCUGCCAGAGUAUUUCAAUUUAACACUUCAAACGAAUUAUAUGAAUGAUAGUCAAAAUGAAUUUAGUUUUGAAGAUAUCAUUGAUAAAAUGGAAAGGGAAGACGUUGAAAUGUAUACACUUACUCAGCCGCUUAGUUACGACAAUUUUCCAAGAGAAAAAAUGUUAGUCCAUACUUCAUAUCCUUUUAUAACAAAUAAUUUUAUAGCUUUUGUACCAAAGCCAAAGAUGAUAAAGCGAUGGGAAGUAUUCGUCAAAUUCCUUUUCACCGUUUUUUUGCCUUCUUUUUUGGGUAGCUGCUCCAUUAUGGCUUUACUGAACAAGUACUUAUCUAGGAAUCGCAAAAACAAUAGAUUGGAAUUACUUGGUUUUUUGUCUCUUCAAUUAAAUAUUUCGUAUUUUAAUUUCGAAAAGAAAACUACUAUAAUAAAAUCAAUAUGGUUGCUGUGGUGUGUCCUUUCUGGUGCAGUUUUUAACUCAAUAUUAUUCCGAAUAUUAUUGAUGCCUCAAUAUUCCUCUGUAGUUACGAGUUUAUCAGAUGUUAACUCGACAAAUGUGAAAGUUUACGCAAUUGACAAAGAGUUUCCUUUCAAAAAUAUAGUUGUUUUAACGCCAAUAACUUGGGGGUUGAAAGUAUUGGAAAAUGGAGGAGAUGCAGUAAUUAUUGGUCCUGAAAUAGUGUUGGAAACAUUCGCCAAGUCUUUUGAAAUGAGAAACUCAUAUUUCAGCUAUGUGGCACUGCCAGAAGUAGUGAGACCAGCGCUAGGAGGAUACAUUUUAAAAAGACGUUCCCCGUAUCAUGAAAAACUUCGACAUUUACAGUUUAUUGUGCAGGAGAAUGGUUUCACGAAAGCGCUAGCAAUAAGAGUUCCGGAACGUCAAGAUCAAAGCUAUAUUAUGUUUGCUAUUUGCCAAAUUAAUAUCCUCGAUUAUUUUAUUUCCAAUUUUUAUAAAUACUCCAACAUUAUAAAACAAGAGCAAAAUUGCACCGAAGAUGAAUCUUAUAGAAUACUGCAAAGAGAAUUGAUAAUAAUGCACCAAGAAGUCAUAAGCUAUGUUAAAGAUCUUAAUGGAGCCUUAAAGUAUAUAAUGCUCAUGGAUCUUGUUCCUAGCUCCGUACAGUUAGCUGGAAUAUUAUUCCAAAUGAUGACAAACUUGAGCGUGAUACAAUGUAUAUUACUGGGACAUUUCAUUCUAACUCUAAUAGCCAGAAUUUUUAUUUACUGUAACAGCGCAAAUACUUUGGUUGUUAAAAGUGAAGCUAUAGCCACUUCGUGGUACAAUAUGGAUUGGACCAAACUGCCAACUGAUAUGAGAAGAAAUGUUGCUUUAUGUAUACUUAGAGCGCAAAGGCCGCUGUAUAUUAGCAUUGGAGAUAUGGGGAAAAUUUCAUUGAAUACUUUUUUGGCAAUUUUGAAAGGCACUUAUUCCUAUAUGAUGCUUUUAACCACCAUAAAAUAA